AUGUUCCGUUUAUUUGUUGUUAGGGCUCAGAGCCCGAAUAUUGUUCUUGCAAUAUUUGCUGUUUGUACUCACAAGUGUUUCCUGUCUACCGCAACUGUUGUAGUCACAAGACUAGAUGCCGCCGCUGAUAAUGAUGGUUAUCCUGUCGCUGACAGUUUCGGCGCGGGCUUUGGUGCUAGAUUGUUUUCUGUUUACUCUUGGUUGAGUGCUGACACACGACGUCAUCGACUUGAUACUUUCUCUGAGAGUGCUGACACACGGCAUCCUGGACUUGAUACUUUCUCUGAGAGUGCUGACACACGGCGUCAUCGACUUGAUACUUUCUCUGAGAGUGCUGACACACGACAUCAUCGACUUGAUACUUUCUCUGAGAGUGCUGACACACGGCAUCCUGGACUUGAUACUUUCUCUGAGAGUGCUGACACACGACAUCAUCGACUUGAUACUUUCUCUGAGAGUGCUGACACACGACAUCAUCGACUUGAUACUUUCUCUGAGAGUGCUGACACACGACAUCAUCGACUUGAUACUUUCUCUGAGAGUGCUGACACACGACAUCAUCGACUUGAUACUUUCUCUGAGAGUGCUGACACACGGCGUCAUCGACUUGAUACUUUCUCUGAGAGUGCUGACACACGACAUCAUCGACUUGAUACUUUCUCUGAGAGUGCUGACACACGGCAUCAUCGACUUGAUACUUUCUCUGAGAGUGCUGACACACGGCGUCCUGGACUUGAUACUUUCUCUGAGAGUGCUGACACACGACAUCAUCGACUUGAUACUUUCUCUGAGAGUGCUGACUCACGGCGUCAUCGGCUUGAUACUUUCUCUGAGAGUGCUGACACACGGCGUCAUCGGCUUGAUACUUUCUCUGAGAGUGCUGACACACGGCGUCAUCGACUUGAUACUUUCUCUGAGAGU